AUGCGAUGCGCGAGCAAGGACGCCGAGAGCGCGUCUGCACGUCUCUGUGCGGACGCCGAAGCAGAAACUACAGCAACUGAUAUCCCAUCGGUUGCUGAAUCGACUCAGCCUGUAUCACCUGGUGAUGCAGGCGCUGGUCAUGAAGACACUCGUGUCUUCACAGAGUACGAGCUCGGUGUCUCGUACUCUCCUGAUACGGAUGACGGAUCCGUAUCGACGGCAAUUGAAUCCAAGCCGCCUGCCAAGCGUGGCAUGGACGAUGCUUUGCGUCGCAGCAUCUUUGGUUCAUCUGAUGAAUCAGACGAACCAUCGCCGAAGCGAAGGCGCUCGAGGUCGCGAGACUCGGGCGCUAACAGUGGUGUCGGUUCUCCUAUUGACACCACUUCACAGCGAGGUGCCAGUACUUCUGUCGGCACGUCGCAGAAAGAGCGGGACCGCAAUGUCUUGCGUCUCGCUCCCGAGAAGAAGGCAUGGAUGCCUCCCAAAUCUGUCAUGGAUCACUUGUCGUCGCCGACAAGUGAUCGUUAUCGAGUACGAUUAUUCGAUUCGUCAAGGAUCCAUCACCUUGACCCCAGCGCGAAAGACUAUCGCGCUGAACAUGAAUUCUUCAUCGAUGCUUUCUUCAAACAUCGAUGGUACAGUGGGAAUCACAAACGUGAUGGUCCCUCACUGCUUCAAGCGUGGAACGCCUACAUCCAUAACCUCGAGGAUGUAGGUCGUGACGCUUGGAACGACAAACUUAUCAAAGCUCGUGAUAAGUUUGAAAAGUGA